GACUGGCUUCAUCGCACUGCGGUUGAACAGCAGAGAGUAGCCGGAUGCCUCAGUACAGUUUUUUGAGUACACGAACAACUUUAUAAAGCCGAACGGUUGUUGCGUUUCACUUUGCGACUCGGCCUUCAAGAUGCUCUCAAACUGUGAGUGGAAAUGAGGCUGAAAUCGGUUGCUGUGGAUCUCAUAUUUAAGGUCUGACUGCUUCACCCACCUGUCACCCUGGCAGCGCAGGAAGCCAAGCGUGGGGAGGAGCUAAGCCCUGGCAGCAUGGUGUCUGCCGUGGUGAGCGGCUUUGUGCCCAGUCCUCAGAGCGAGGCGGUGACCAGUGUGCUGCAGGAACUCUCUCUGCAGUCUGUACCAAGCUUACUGCCCCUGAAAGAGCGCAAGAAUGUUCUUCAGCUCAAACUACAACAGAGAAGGACGCGAGAGGAGCUGGUCAGCCAAGGAAUCAUGCCUCCACUGAAGAGUUCGGCUGCCUUUCACGAACAGAGGAGAAGUCUGGAGAGAGCACGCACUGAGGAUUACCUGAAGAGGAAGAUCAGGAGUCGGCCAGAGAGGUCAGAACUGGUCAGGAUGCACAUCCUCGAAGAGACCUCAGCCGAGCCCUCACUGCAGGCCAAGCAGCUGAAGCUGAAGAGAGCCCGAUUGGCAGAUGAUCUCAAUGAUAAGAUCUCCCACCGCCCUGGUCCCAUCGAGCUCAUCCACAAGAACAUCCUCCCUGUGCACACGCUCAUCGGUACAGAGUCUCCAAAGGGUGAGAGCUCCUCAUUGGACGAGGACAGUAGUGAUGCCCUGUCACCGGAUCCCCAGUGCAGUCAGAACUCUCCAUUGGGUCUUGCCCCUCAACACUCCCCCUCUGAUAUGAUGAAACUGAAUGGAGACCUCUCACCCACUCGGUUCCUCACUCAGGCCCCACCUUCUCCUCUCGUUGCGUCUGACGCCUCUCCACCACAGAAUCUAACCAGUGAAACUAACAUGACAAACUCUUCCCGUCCACCGACGGGACAUACCAAGCAGUCCAAGUUCAGCACAGAUCGGACAUCUCAACGAUCCAAGAAACCCAAAGAUAACAAGCCCAAAGUGAAGAAACUCAAAUAUCACCAGUAUAUCCCACCUGACCAGAAGAAUGACCGGGAGCCUCCUCCUCAACUGGACUCCUCAUACGCUAAAAUCCUCCACCAGCAGCAGCUUUUUCUUCAGCUUCAGAUCAUCAACCAGCAACAGCAGCACUACAACUACCACACUAUCUUACCCGCACCUCCAAAACUUCCUGCUGAAAAGCAGCAACCAUCCACCAAUCCAGGCCCCUCCCCUUCCCAGACUAUUUCCACAUGCUCUACAGUCUCCUCCAAUCAGAAUGGGCCCAAUCGUCAGAGCCAGCCUACAGUGGGAGGAGCUAAGCCCAGCACCUUGCCUGCAAACCUGGAUGAAUUCAAAGUUGCUGAACUUAAACAUGAGCUCAAAUUGAGGAAGUUGACUGUAUCAGGCACCAAGAACGAUCUCAUUGAAAGACUGAAGAACUACCAGGAGCAAAUCAGUUGUUCAUCAGCCACAGGUGCUGCAACUAUGAAAACAGUCUCUGCUCAUUUACCACAGGUGUCAGUUCAGUCAUCUGGUGCCGCCCUACAUCAAGCCCCGAAAGACACGAUUGUUCCAAUGUCAUCUUUUCCCGUAGCGGCUACCACUAGGGUCCACAGUACAACUCCACCUCAAAUCAUGCGCUUCAGCAGCACUAGCUCCUCUCCUCCUGCAUCUCCUACCCCCUCUGAUCGCUCUCUGGCUGGAUUGAGUCCUGAUGAGACCAGCUGCAAUGGGGAUGUGUUUGGAGAAAUGGUUACCUCACCUCUCACCCAGCUCAGCCUGCACCCCUCUCCAGACCACCCAUCCCCAAUUAAAGAGGAAUCUCAUGGGCAGAUGCAGGCCUCCUGCUGCCUUUCUCACCCGGGGCCCCUGUUAGCCGCACAGCCUCAUGAUCCAAGUCCAGUGGCAGCAUCGGGAUCUGCUGUGUCUCCUCUGGACAAAGACCAAAUGCUUCAAGAGAAGGACAAGCAGAUCGAGGAGUUGACACGCAUGCUUAGGCAGAAGCAGAGACUGGUGGAGACCCUGCGUUCUCAGCUGGAGCAGGGUAAGCGUGGAGCAGCCGCAGAAGUUACAGACAACAUGGUUAAUGCUGAAAUACCAUUGCUGUCUAACGGAGUGGAAGUGAAGGUAAAGGAAGAGAUUAAGGAUGAAAUGGACACAACCGAGGACCUGCAGAAGCAAGUCCAGCCCCAGAAGAAGAUCCAGAUGCAGUGUUCGCAGCAGACUCUGCUCAAACUGCAGCAGAUUCACCGGCUGCAGGUGCAGCAGCAGCAGCAAAUGCUGGUGGACCUACCAAACGUACAGCAACAGAAGACACAGUUACUGCAACAGCAAAAACAACAGCAGCAAAUGGGCCCACUGAAACUGCAGCAAGAGCAAGUAAAAACACAGGUGUUGCUGUUGCAGCAGCAGAAGACGCAGUUACUGCAACAGCAGCAGAAAGCGCAAUUACUGCAGCAGCAGAAGGCGCAGCUACUGCAGCAGCAGAACGUAAAGUUACUACAACAGCAGCAACAGAAGACUCUGUUACAACAGCAGCAGAAAACUCAAUUGCAAAAGAAGACACAGUUACUGCAACAGCAGCAGCAGCAAAAGUUGCAGCAGCUAAUCAUCCAGCAGAGGCAGCAAAAUCAGCUGCAAAGCAAUCAGAAGAAGCAGCAGAAGCCUCAAAAUCAGCCACAGCAGCAGUUGCAGACACCACAGGUUUCACAGGUGUUUGUCAAUCAGCAGUCUAGCACUCAAAUUACUACGUCUUUCCCACUGGAUCUCCUGAAAGCUCAUCCCACACCCACUUUGGUCACUGACAGCAAUGGCAACCGCUAUCUGAUUGCACUCACCAGUAAUAGUGUUGAUACCCUGACUGGAAAGUCUCCUCAGAGCAAAUCCAAUGGACAAAUCACUCUACAGAGAUUGCAGUCGACCCCUACCAAGCUCCCUAGCCAGUCAUCUACUGAUAUGGCUAGUUCUGCCAACCAAUCACAGAGUAUCAGAGAGCCCAUCACAAAAGUACAGAAAGUAGGGCUCCACUUGGAAACCACCCGUGUUAAAGAGUCUAGCCAGCCAGUGUCUGCACCACCCAGCUUUGAGCCCUUCUUCUGUGAGGAAUCCAACCCACUCAGCAAACUCUCCUCACCUCCUUCGUUUAAGGAGGACAUUUGCCCAACUUUUGAUAGACACACUUUAUUCACCCCUUCCUUCCCAAAGCCGAACCCUCACCCUCCUCAGCGUUUCAAAGAUAAUGUCUCAAACAACCAGCAAAUAGAUGAUCUGUUUGAAAUCCUGAUCAAGAGUGGAGAAAUUUCAUCUGGGUUUAAAGCCAGUCAAGACCCCUCCCUGUCAGACCUCCACACAAGCCCACCCACUCCAUCUCCACCUCCUUCUCCGCUCCACCUCUCGCCACCCAAACAUCACCCUGACCCCGUCCCCGCCCCUUCCCAGCAGCUCCCGGACACCCAGUACAGGCCUUGCUCUGGAACCGGUCGCCUGGAGGACUUCCUGGAGAGCACCACUGGUGCUCCUCUUCUCGGCGUGGAGCCGGGCGGCCCGUUGACGUUAAUCGAUGACCUCCACAAUCAAAUGCUGAGCACUUCCAGUAUUCUGGACCAUUCCCCAUCUCCAAUGGACACCAGUGACCUGAGCUUCUCACCCCACCCCGCCAGCCUGGACUUUGAAGACCCCACCUUGGAUGGCGAGUGGUGAUUUUUAAGGGAGUUC